AUGAGCAAAAAAGUAACGUAGAGCAAUAAGACCUAUCAAAUUAGACCACCCUUCAAGGACAAGUUCAGACCCUAAGAGGCAAAGGAAAAGAUUGAGAAGAUAGUUCGUGAAAAGCUCAAGAAUGCUUAAUAUACUUCUACUGAGCUACCUCAGUGGACAAGGGAUAUUGCAGAUGAGACCAAAUAAGAAUUAAAAAACCUAGGCAAAGACAAAAGAUAUAAAUACCUAGUUCAAGUCAUUAUUGGAUAGAAUAGUGGACAGGGUGUGAGAGUAGGUAGCAGAUGUUUCUGGGACGAGGAUACCGAUGACUGUACUUGGGUCUCAUAUAUGAAUGAUUCCAUAUUUUGUCUUGUAGUUGCAUUCGCAGUAUAUUUGUAUUGA